UCACUUUGAUCUUCUCUACUCUUGCAUUCGUUGAGUUCUGUUACUCUCAUAUUUGUUUGUGUCAGCUAAAAUCUAGAGAGAGAUAAUGAGUCAGAAGAUCAAGAUUGGCAUCAAUGGAUUUGGAAGGAUUGGUCGUUUGGUUGCCAGGGUGGCAUUGCAGAGAGAUGACGUGGAACUUGUUGCUGUUAAUGAUCCUUUCAUCACAACUGAUUACAUGACUUACAUGUUCAAGUAUGACACCGUUCAUGGUCAAUUCAAAAACUGUGAGAUCAAGUUAAAGGAUAGUAAAACCCUUCUUUUUGGUGAUAGCUCGGUUGCUGUUUUUGGUAUUAGGAACCCUGAGGAAAUUCCAUGGGGUGAGGCUGGAGCUGAUUUUGUUGUUGAGUCCACUGGAGUUUUCACUGAUAAAGACAAGGCAGCUGCACACUUGAAGGGUGGUGCAAAGAAAGUUAUUAUUUCUGCCCCAAGUAAAGAUGCACCAAUGUUUGUUGUUGGUGUCAAUGAAAAUGAAUAUAAGUCUGAUAUUACCGUCGUUUCUAAUGCAAGCUGCACAACUAAUUGUCUUGCUCCACUUGCAAAGGUUAUCCAUGACAAAUUUGGUAUUGUUGAGGGCCUUAUGAGCACUGUUCACUCUAUUACUGCUACUCAAAAAACUGUUGAUGGACCAUCAAUGAAGGACUGGAGAGGUGGUAGAGCUGCUUCUGUGAACAUCAUUCCCAGUAGCACUGGAGCUGCUAAGGCUGUUGGUAAGGUGCUACCAUCCCUUAAUAACAAGUUGACAGGAAUGUCUUUUAGAGUCCCAACUGUAGAUGUUUCAGUGGUUGACCUCACUGUUAGAAUUGAGAAAGGAGCUAGUUAUGAUGAGAUUAAAGCUGCUGUCAAGGAAGCAGCUGAGGGAAGUAUGAAAGGAAUUCUUGGUUACACAGAGGAUGAUGUUGUGUCUACUGAUUUUGUGGGUGACAGCAGGUCAAGCAUUUUUGAUGCAAAGGCUGGAAUUUCACUUAACAAUAACUUUGUGAAACUUGUCUCUUGGUAUGACAAUGAGUGGGGAUACAGCACUCGUGUGGUUGAUUUGAUUCGACACAUGGCCUCAGUUUAACAAGCUCCAAGGAAUUUUGCCUAAAUAUAUGAUGGAAUAAUUAUUCUCAAUGAGCUAUUAAGAAUUUUGUUCAAGCUCUAUGAUUAUUUAGUAGUAUCUGGAAUAAUGUUUUCCUUUUAAAUAUAAUUACACAGAAAGUGAUGUCUUUCCCUCAUUUAGGCAUUCACUAGAUCUGAAAUUUUUUGUUAUUAAAUUUCUUCUUGUCAAGGAUAGUAUUAAUUGGUAAUUGCCAAUUUACCAUUUUCUUUAUUGGUAUCAAAUUUUGAGA